CUGAUCAUAAAGUGUGGAUACAUAACAAGGUUAUGGCUGGUACACAUACAUUUGUUACAGCUUCCUUAACAAACAAUUCGCCAGCAAAAGAUGCAAUUGCUUUCAAGGAUUAUUCUUUGACUAUUCCUGAUUACCUCGAUUUCGCUGUAGAAAAAGCGGCAAAAUGA